AUGAAUCAAACAAAAGUCAACCAAGAGUGGACCUCCUCCGAAAUAGAGAAAGCAAGGUCAAUCAUGGCUAGGUUCGACGGAAAUAACUGCAGCAACAAUGGCAUGAAUGACAACAACAAGCACGACAUUUUGGUUGAGCUACACUCGUUGUUCCCUUCGAAGACCAUGCAACAGGUAAAAGACUUGUAUGUUGAUCUUGUUGUGGAGAUGCUUACGGUGCAAAGUGAGGAGGAGUAUGAUGGUGCCAUCGAAGAACAUCACAUCAUCCACUCUGUGGAUGGCCUUAUUAAUGAAAACUUUGGGAUCCAAGAAGAGGCAUCCAUGAACGGAGUGGAUUUAUUGUUUGGUGGCAAAAUAUUUGACGGUAUGAGAGUUGUGGAAGAGGUUCCGGUGGUGGAGAAGAACAAGGUGGGGGUGUUGGAGAACAAGAUGCCCAUCCAUCAACCAAUGGAUGCCCCACACUCCAUAAGGUUUUGGACCACAGAGGAACAUAGGCUCUUUCUCUGCGGGUUGUCUGCCUACGGGCGUGGCAAAUGGAAGAACAUAUCCAAGUACUUUGUCACCACCAGGACCCCGGUCCAGAUUUCAAGUCAUGCACAAAAGUAUUUCAAGAAACUAGAGGGCAAAGGGCUGCGAAAACAACGCUAUAGCAUCAACGAUGUAGGGCUCGAUGAUGCCCACCAGUGGAAGAUGCAGAACUGCUCCAGUGUUCAGCGAGCAUCCGCCUUUGCUGAUGCUGACUACCAUAACCCGAGCUUCGGCAUGCAAACUUCAUUGAACACAUCCUUCCCUAUGGGCGUGAACUCCUCAUUCAAGUCGCCUUGCUCGAAGAAAGCAAGCCAGCAGAUGGUGUGGAGUGAGAAGCAGAUGAUGGUUCCAAUCGCAGCUCCGAGGGAGGGGGCAGAGAAGUUUUCUUCCUACCAGUGA